CUCUCUCACUCACCGUUUUCUCACUCCCACGCUAUUUUGACGUGUGUGUAUAUAUUACUUGGAGAAUUAAACUUCAUGUGUCUGAUGACUUGAGUCCAUAUAAUAAUCCUCAGAAAGUACCCGUGGAUAUUAACCCGUGGAAAAAUACAGCUGAAGUGAAUUUGGGAGAUUCUCCUCUCGCCUUUGGAAGGAUAAACACUGAAUCAGGAAUUUGGCGCUGGAUGGAUUUUUAUUUUCUUGUGCACUCUUCUGGUUUUCUAAUAUCAAGUGUCUCACCGCCACAUCAUCACGCGCUGUGAAACAUCCUCCACGUGCCAUUUUUCUGGAUUUUACUGUGACACCUGUGACUUCGCAAGUGUGGGUUUUUUCCUUCAGUCUGAAAGCAGUGAGGUGUUUCUCCAGGACUGAUGGCGUCUUCUGCACCUUCUUCCUCGGCUGGUGAUAUGGACCCAAACACGGCUAAUUUACGACAACCUGCCACAACCGGCGACGCGUGGUACGGGGUUGCGCACGGAUGCACGAGGAAACUGGGCAUGAAGAUCUGUGGUUUCCUGCAGAAGAACAACAGUCUGGAUGAGAAGAGUCGUAUGGUGGGCGCGUUCAAGGAGAGCGCGAGGAACCAGCUGACGCGCGACAACAGCGAGCGCUACACACGCGACGAGACGGACUUCUCCAACCUGUUCGCUCGAGAUCUACUGCCUGCUAAAAAUGGCGAGGAACCCACAAUCCAGUUUCUUCUGGAAGUGGUGGAGAUCCUCACCAAUUAUGUUCGCAAGACCUUCGACAGAUCCACCAAAGUGCUGGACUUCCAUCACCCUCACCAGCUCCUGGAGGGGAUGGAGGGCUUCAACCUGGAGCUGUCGGAUCAACCGGAGUCGCUGGAGCAGAUCCUGGUGGACUGCAGAGACACGCUCAAGUAUGGAGUGAGAACAGGUCAUCCUAGAUUUUUCAACCAGCUUUCAUCUGGACUGGACAUCAUUGGUCUCGCUGGAGAAUGGCUCACCUCUACUGCCAACACUAACAUGUUCACCUAUGAGAUCGCGCCCGUGUUUGUUCUGAUGGAGCAGCUGACCCUAAAGAAGAUGAGAGAGAUGAUUGGCUGGCCGAACGGGGAUGGCGAUGGACUCUUCUCACCAGGUGGUGCCAUAUCAAACAUGUACAGUGUGAUGGUUGCACGUUAUAAGUAUUUCCCAGAAGUCAAAACCAAAGGCAUGUCAGCAGCACCACGACUCGUGCUCUUCACAUCUGAACAUAGUCAUUACUCAAUCAAAAAGGCUGGAGCUGUACUGGGAUUUGGAAAAGAAAACGUCAUUCUCCUGAAGACAGAUGAGAGGGGGCGUGUCAUACCUGCUGACUUAGAGGCCAAGAUCAUUGAUGCUAAACAGAAGGGUUACGUGCCACUGUUUGUGAAUGCGACGGCUGGUAGUACAGUAUAUGGAGCAUUCGAUCCCAUCAAUGACAUUGCCGACAUCUGCGAGAAGUACGACCUGUGGUUGCACGUGGAUGGCGCAUGGGGCGGAGGACUGUUGAUGUCCAGGAAACACCGUCACAAGCUAAGCGGCGUUGAGAGGGCAAACUCUGUCACGUGGAACCCUCAUAAGAUGAUGGGAGUACCGUUGCAAUGUUCAGCCAUCCUGGUUAGAGACAAGGGCAUUCUGCAGGGCUGCAACUCCAUGUGUGCCGGAUAUCUCUUCCAACCAGACAAACAGUACGACGUGAACUACGACACCGGAGACAAGGCCAUCCAGUGUGGCAGACAUGUAGACAUCUUCAAAUUCUGGCUCAUGUGGAAGGCCAAGGGCACAAUUGGGUUUGAGCAGCACAUUGACAGAUGCCUGGAGAUUUCUGAAUAUCUCUACAAUAAAAUCAAGAACCGUGAGGGAUAUGAAAUGGUCUUUGAGGGCCAGCCCCAGCACACAAAUGUUUGCUUCUGGUAUAUUCCGCCAAGCUUGCGUGGCAUGCCACACGGAGACGAACGAAGGGAGAAGCUACACAGGGUGGCGCCGAAGAUCAAGGCAUUGAUGAUGGAGUGCGGCACAACCAUGGUAGGGUACCAACCACAGGGAGACAAAGUCAACUUCUUCCGAAUGGUGGUCUCCAAUCAUGCCGUCACAAUGUCAGACAUCGAUUUCCUGAUCGACGAGAUCGAGAGGCUGGGUCAGGACCUGUAA